AUGCUGUGGGCAUUCGUAUACGCCGCGGGAGGGCUUGUCCUCGCGCUGUACGCCGCGGAUUUCCUCAUCAGUUUUACUUACGAUGCACGCGAGCCUCAAAAGAUACCAUCGAGGAUCCCCCUGGUCGGGCACUUGAUCGGUAUAAUCGGAAAUGGCACGAGUUACUACAGUGAAAUCAGCAAAACCAUUGAUGCCGAGAUUUAUACCCUCGGCGUUCUCAACCACAAGCUUUAUGUUUGUAAUUCGAACCGUCUAAUGCCUUUCAUUUCAAAGAGCUCCAAGACCCUGUCUUUCAAGCCGUUCAUACAGACAUCAACAAAAACACAUUGCGGUGCAAAUGACGACACAUACCGCAUUCAUGGUGAUGGUGAGUUCUUGGAUAAAAUCUCUCAUGCGAUGAGACAGAGCCUCGCACCAGGAGCACAUCUCGAUCACCAGAAUAUGGGUAUGGGAAACCGUGUAAUGGUCGAUGUUGACGCGCUACUCGCCGAGGAGGGGGGACGGCCCAGAGAGAUCCAUCUGCUGGAGUGGGCUCGACACGCCGUCGUGCAGGCCUCAAGCUCCGGGAUUUACGGGGAAACUCAUCCCUUCACCGACCCUGAGGUAGAGAAGGCUUACUGGAAAUGGCAAGACUACAUGAUAAUGCACGUCGCCGGGCUCGACAUAACUGGCGCAGGCUAUGCCGCGAGGAACAAGUGUUCUGAUGCCAUUCGCGAAUUGAUAAAGACCCUCCCAGAAGAGGCUGCGUUGAUUGCAAAGGAGCGUGUACGGGUGUUCCGGGAGGGUGGAAUUUCGGAGGAUGAGUUAUCGAAAAUAGAGGCCGGAUUUUUCGUUGCGAUAUUCGCAAACACCAGCCCAACUCUGUUCUGGACCAUAUGGGAACUCUUCUCGCGGAAUGACCUGCUUGAGGAGGUGAGAGAGGAGGUCAGCGCACAAGCUGUCACUGGGUCGACCGAGGAGGGCUUCGAGCUCGAUAUUGCAGCGCUGAAGCACAGGUGUCCACUGCUCCUAUCCGUAUACCAAGAAACCCAACGCACGAGACAUGUCCAUGCCAACAUCCGAAAGGUUCAGCAAGACACCCUGCUGGAUGGGAGAUAUCUUCUCAAAGCUGGUAACUUUCUUACGAUGCCUGGCGCACCUAUCCAUCAAGACGAGAAGAUAUGGGGUAACUCGGUGUCCCAAUUCGAUCCCUACCGGUUUGCGGGCAGGAAAGACAACUCCAGUGCUCCUCCUCCCAGCGCAUUUCUUGCUUGGGGCGCCCCACCACAUUUGUGCCCUGCUAGACAAUUCGCCGCAACAGAAAUUCUUAUCAUCGUCGCACUACUGGCCAUGCGCUGCGAUCUUCGCCCGGCCAACGGGUCCUGGGAUACCCCCGCGGUGAACAAGGCGGAUAUGGCCACGGUCCUAAACCCCAAAAAGGAUGUCAAGAUGGAGGCUAUCCCGCGCGACCAGUGGAGAGGGAAGUGGUCUUUGAAGAUGAGCGAGAGUACAGGACGCAUCUCUCUCGCUUCGGGAUAA